ACUCUUGAGUGGUGCAGCCUAACAGAAACAGAUUCCCUUAAAGCACCCUACUUAACAGAUCCUAAAGAUGAAAAGAUUAAUACCAUUUUGGAAACUCUUGGAAUGAAACUUGUUCCAGCUUUUGCAACCAUGUGCAACAUUUGGGAAACCAUUCAGUCAGCUGGAAUUGAAGUGAAAGAACUAAGUCCUGCUAGCGUGCGUACAUUUUUGCAAGUAAAGCCCCUUAAUGGUCCAAAGCAAAGAGAUUCUGAUUUACCCUUGCCUGUAGCUGCCACUCUGAUCCGAGAUAAAACAAGAUGCUCAGAGCUACUAGAGUAUUGUUUGAAGGAUGUGCAGUUAAAGAAAAAUGAAAAGAACAUCUCUAUUUCGCUUGAUGGUCUUUCACUUCUUCUGACAAAAGAUGAAGUUUUGAGAAAGUUUAAUUCUGAGUCUCCAAAGCUGAUUUCAAGACAUGACAGUCUUUUCUUAGGUUAUGAUGACAAAUUUGCAGAUCAUGAGAUUAAUGGAAAACACAGGGUUCUGGAAACUUUAAAUCUGGUCAAAAAGCUCACUCUUCCAAAAGCAGUAGAAUACUUAAUGCCAAUAGCCCGAAGACUUGUUCAAAGUUGUGAGUUCGAUCCACAUAGUGGACUGUAUGUCCCAAAUAAAAAAAUGCUGGAGUGGCUGCAAAGACUUUGGUGGUUCAUAACAAGUGAAAUUAGACUUGAGACAUCCAGUGCUGAUGAAAAAGAAAGUCUGACAUUGGGAGAAGUUAGAGAACUCUUCAGUGACAGCUGCAUACUACCUGUUGUGGAUCCAAGACAAAACAACAAGCACCUCCUGCAGACAAUGAAAGCCAUGUCAAGUAUUAUCAAAUAUGACUCAGAAAAAGACAUAUCACACAUCCUCUGCAAACUUGGUUUUCUAAAAUUAGAUCUCGUCUUCUUUAGGAGUGUACGUCCACAGUUUUCCCUAACUCUGCACGAUUAUCUCAUGGAUGUCCAUGAUAAAAGUUCAGUGCUGGACCAAGUCUGCAAAAUCAACCACACACAAUUUUUGUACUUGUCAGAUGAGGAGUUUAAUGAGCUUCAGAAUUUUUUGCAAUCAGGACACUCUGCAUCUAAAAACCGUGAAGAAUAUGAGAGGAAACUUAAAUCUUUGCCAAUAUUUGAAACAACAGUUGGUGAAAGAGUAAGGAUUGAUGGACCAAAAGAGGUGUUUGUCCUCAACGGCCAACAUUCAGGGACAUUUCCAGGUUUGUUCUCCUUGUGCAACAGCAACAAUACUUUCCUGAAAAAUAACUCAGAGAAUCUUUCUCUCUCAAAAAUACUGAACAUAAAAAUCCUGCAUGAUCUAGAAUAUUUUGUAAAGUUCAUUCUACAGAUCGUACAAACGCUCACAGAGACUCAGCUUCUCGACUGCUUAAAGCUGAUAUUGUUAAUGCAAUAUGAGUUUUGCAAGCACAAGGACAAUAUUAGGAUAAAAACCAGAGCAGACGUGUUUCGACAUGCAUACGCUUACCUGCAGGCCAAUGACUUUGAUGAUGAUCUUGAGUUCAGGCCUUACUUGUAUGCAAUCCCUUCUGAGGAUGCGUUGUAUGCAGAAUUCUUUAAGAAAGUUGGUGUGGAGAAGGAGGCAACUGCAAAGCACUACUUUGAUGGAAAGUUACAACCAACAAGUUCACUCUACUACAAUGACACAGUGUUUGAAAUCAGAAGGUUGGAAGAAGGACUGGAAGAUAAGUUUCUGUUGCUUGAGAAACUCAGUGAAUGUCAUCUGGGCAGUGAUGUGUAUGAGCAUCAUCGACUUGUGAAAAUGUUACCUCCGAAACUUCAGCCCAGAUUGUUGGCUCAGAUCAUGGAGGAGAAAGUUGUGGAAUCAGACCUGAAGCUUUGGAACAGACAGAUGGUAAGCUAA